AAGCGUUUUAGUGGAGUUAUUUCGUGGGUAAACAUGUGAACUUCAGCUGUCACAGGAGUAGCAUUAGCAUUAGCUCGAGGUGUGUGUUCUGGGAUCUGAAAUAAGUGACAUGAAAACCAAUUUAAGCUUUUAAAGCACAACAGGCUGAAAUGCUUUUGGUGGAUAUAAUUUGCACUUCUGCUGACCAGACCGAUGCUUAGUUUCUUAUGGGGGUGGUUACUACCAUGGACCCAGAUUCUGCCCGGCAACAGCAGGCCCCAUCCCUACAGCAGGGCAAGUUGAGCAAAAGUGGGCAUGCCCAAGUGGAGGCCGGUCUGGUGAUGGGGACUGGGCCUCGAGGAAAGCACUAUGUGUGCGGCUCAUUCGCUGCUUUCACCAACAUCAUUGUGACUUUCCCCAUUCAGAAAGUUCUCUUUCGCCAGCAGCUGCACGGAGUUCGUGUGACCGAAGCCGUGCGUCAGCUCCAAAGGGAAGGGUUACGAAACCUUUACCGAGGGCUUCUGCCUCCCCUACUGCAGAAAACCACCACUGUGGCCAUCAUGUUUGGCCUUUACGAGGAUUUUUCCCGGUUGCUAUUGCGACAUGCUCACAGUAGCGGCUCGCCCGAGCUUGUCACACGAAGUGUCGCGGCUGCACUAGCUGGUAUGGCAGAGGCCGCCCUCACACCAUUUGAACGUGUGCAAACACUGCUUCAAGACCACCGCCAUAAUGGCCGUUUCAACAACACCGUACACACCUUCCGGACCCUUCUGCGAGACUAUGGCGUGAAGGAGUGCUACCGUGGGCUGAUCCCGAUUUUGUUGCGUAACGGGCCCAGUAAUGCUCUGUUUUUUGGGCUUCGUGGGCCAAUCAAGCAACGACUGCCAGAGGCUCGAACCCGGAUGGGUCACAUGGCCAAUGACUUUGUUUGUGGCGGGCUACUUGGGGCAGCACUGGGCAUCAUGUUCUACCCACUUAAUGUGGUCAAAUCUCGAGCCCAGGCCCAGGUAGGGGGUGAGUUCGUGCCCUGCGGUCAGGUGCUAAUGACCGUGUGGCGGGAAAGAGGGGGCAGCAUUGUGCUGUUGUUCCGUGGAGCUACGCUCAACUACCAUCGAUCUUUGCUGUCAUGGGGCAUCAUCAAUGCAACUUAUGAGCUCUUUCUGACAGUUUUCUGAAGGAGAGGAGGGACAAUAGUGGCUAAAGGUGACCUGGAGUAGAAUUUCCAAACCAAGUGUUCAUUUUGGACUAUUCAGCACUCUUUAAAAGAGACACUGCCAUUUCCCCUAGUGCACUUCAGAGUAAUGAUUUGUAUAAAUCGUGGAUUGAACCCAUUCAUGCAGCGAUGCCUAAAUAUAAAGUCCAUCCACAUUUCUUGGCCACUAUAAGUGUUGUGAAAUGUAACGCCAACUCUAGUGGCACUAGGAUUAAUUUGUAUUCACUUUCUAGGGGGAGUUUGGGAGUCUGUGGUACACGGAUGGAAAAAGCACAGUGUUGCACUACUAGAAAAAUUUAAAAGUUUGUACUUUAUUGGCUAAGUGUAAAGAGUUUCAGUCCUUGUUGUGAUGUCCAUUGUUAAACAAUGAGAUGCACAAACUUUGGACUUGAAAAAGCCAUGCAUCUGCAUUUCUAAAGUGUUAAGUGCAGUUUAAUAAGCAGGCAUAACUGAAUGUAAUGAUGGCAUUUGUGGACCACACGAAGAGAGAGUAUUCUUUACAAUCCCAUGAUGUUGUUAAUAUCCAUUUUUUGCCAAUCAAAAAUAUCCAGAUGUGUGAACAUUUUCAUGAAAUUAUAUUUUUUAUGUAAAAUGUGUCUUGUGCAGAGUGACAAUUUCACAUCUUUGUGAGUGAAAAGUAAACAAGUAAUUCCUCUACUGGCAUACUUGGUCUCAUUAUUAAACAGUUUAUAAUGCUUAAAAAUGUAUUGGUGUGUUAUGGUACAUUCCAUGAUAAGGUUACAAAUUUGGUGUGCUAAUUUGGGUUUGCUUUUCAAAAGCAAUAAAUGCAUAUACCUAUGUUGUUUGAAGUUGGAAUUAUUGCAUAUGUGAGAUGACAAAGCAUUAACAUAAAAUUAACAAAGAAUA